UUUGUUGUAAAAUCUGUACAGUUGGUUUGUAUUUUAGGUUGUUUGCAGAAUAAGAACAGAAUGAAAAUUAUGAAAUCAUCUCAACAUUCAUCUAGUCAUGAGGAAGAUUUGGGUAGAUACAUUGAAGAAAAAACAUUGAAUAAAAAUCUUACAAGUGUUAUAUUUGCUUUAUAAAGUUUACUGCAGCAUCUAAUUUGAAAUCACAUUUGACGAUUCACACUGGAGAAAAGUCUUACAAGUGUGAUACUUGUUUUAAACAAUUUACUCAAGCACGUCGUUUGAAAUCACAUUUGAGAAUACAUACUAGAGAAAAACAUCACAAGUGUGAAAUUUGUUUGAAACAGUUUACUUCACCAUAUAGUUUGAAAUUACAUAUAAUGACUCACACUGGAGAAAAACCUUUCACGUGUGAUAUUUGUUUUAAGCAAUUUAUUCAAGCAACUAAUUUGAAAUCACAUAUGAUGACUCACACUGGAGAAAAGCCUUACAAGUGCGAAAUUUGUUUUAAGCAAUUUAAUGAUGCAAGCAGUUUGAAAAGACACUUAAGAAUACACACUGGAGAAAAGUCUUACAAGUGUGAUAUUUGUUGUAAGCAGUUUACUCAAGCAAUUCAUUUGAAAUGUCAUUUGAGAAUGCACACUGGAGAAAAGCCUUACAAGUGUGAUGUUUGUCUUAAGCAAUUUACUGUAGCAGGUAGUUUAAAAAUGCACUUAAGAAUACACACUGGAGUAAAGUCUUACAAGUGCGAAAUUUGUUUUAAGCAAUUUACUAGAGCGAUGUAUUUGAAAUCACAUUUGAGAACACACACUGGAGAAAAACCUUACAAGUGUGAUAUUUGUUUAAAGCAAUUUACUCAAGCACAUCAUUUGAAGUCACAUGUAAGAAUUCACACUGGAGAAAAACCUUACAAGUGUGAUAGUUGUUUCAAGCAGUUUACUAAAUCGAGUAAUUUGAAGUCACAUUUGAAAAGACAUACAAACGAAACAGCUAUACAUGUGUAAAAUUUUGUUCUAAACAGUUGCUGUUUAUCAUAUUCGAGAUAUAUAUAAAAUUUCAUUUAAGUUAAAAAAUCAGAA